AUGUUUUCCUCUUGUGGGUGCAUAAUGAGAAAAUAGGUUCCUGUUGGCGUUGGUAAAAUGAAGUACUUGCGUGCAUUUUACAUAGCGAGCAGUGAUAUGUAUUUUAUAUUCCUCGUGUUUCACAUUUUGCUGGAUUCAAUCGGCGUCAGAUCGGAUUUUACCCAUCUGAAUUCUGAUCAAAGGCCACUCUGUCCUUGUGGCAGCAAUAGCAGCUCCAUCCACUCAAGGGUUGUAGGGGGUCAUGAUGCAGGAAAAGGACAAUACCCUUAUGCUAGCUGCCUGAUCGACUCCUCCUGGCGGACGGCAAGACCGGCUCCUUUCUGCGGAGCGACUCUCAUCACCGACUCGCACGUCAUCACGGCUGCGCACUGCGUCAAGGACCGCCCUCCUGAGGUGGUUCUCGUGGACAUCGGCGACUACGACUUCAUGGACAAUCGAAAGCUCAGGCUCCGAAAAGCGAAAGACAUCAUUCGUUUUCCGGAGUACCGGCCCUACAGCUUCCGUGCUGAUAUUGCCAUCAUCGAGUUCGAGCGCCCCGUCCAGUGGGCCUCCGGUGUGAGGGCCGCGUGGCUUCCGCCCCCCGACCUCCGAUUGGAAGCGGGCACCAUUGUGUCUGUCUACGGAUGGGGACGACUCCAAUAUGACGGAGGGCAUCCGAGGUUCCUGCAAUCAACAGAGCUUCCUGUUGUUGAGAAUCACAUUUGCCAGCAUCAGUUCAAGACGCACAUCGAGCCGAGCAUGAUCUGCGCAGGGGGACAAGAAGGCCACGAUGCUUGCAUAGGGGACUCUGGAAGCGGUUUGGUCGUGCGUUUGGAUAACGAAUUCGUCCUGUGCGGACUCGUCUCUUUCGGGCGCCGAUGUGCAUUGCCUCGAGUGCCGGGAGUCUACACUCGAAUCUCGAGUUCCAUUGAGUGGAUCUACAAGAACACCCUCCAUUCUAAAUGUCAGCCGUGUAUCUACAAUACGCAGAUAGUACCCAUGUCAAAUAACAACUCUGUAGAUAUGAAGACAAGUAUUACUUCCGAAUAGGCAGAUGAUGUGAAAAGAAUGACUCUGCAGAGAAACGAAUUGACAAUAAACUAACAUUUUUUAUUAGAAAGUUGUAAAUGAUAUUGGUAUAGUUUGAAGAUUUUCUCGUGAGAAAUCUGGAUUGAUAAUGCACAGUAUAAGUUGUCUCUCAAAAAAUAAAUUUAAAAAAAUCUGUUUUGUAAUCGUUAAAGAAGAUUGUACUCACUGUUCAGCUGCGAAAGAAAAUAAACAAAUCUUUAUUAACGCCAAAAUUCAAGCGUCGCAGACCAAAUAUAACACACUAGUGAUGGGGAGGAGAGCAUACAGAGUGUACGAUCUCGAUGGACCACAAUCUCCGACACAUAACCAACGAGAGUGGUCUUCGCAAAACUUUCUCGCGUACUCUCUGAUAAGGAUAUUAUCCGAGAGAAGGCCUUGAAUGGCACUGGCGUAUGCUGGUUACUAAAAAAAAAUAGUUAUUAAAAAGGUGUAAAAUAUUGACCUUUGAGCGAAUUUAACAUUUUUACUGAAUCUAUCGUGUGAUUUUUGGAGAUUAAUCCUGACAUGCAGUUAAUAGUAUCCGAAAACCGAAUUGGUGCUUUAAGCGAUAAGUCCCCAACCUAUUGAAACAAAACUUUCACAUAAACUAUAUUUGUAGUCACAAAGUCCCUACCAAAUAUAUAUAUAUAUAUAUGAGGCAUUGUUUUUUUUCUUCUUUUUUUUUUUGUUAUCGCGUUACAUGUCUUUGAAAGCACAGUCGGUUAGACCCUUGUUGGAUUUGGUUCAAAAUUUGAUGGGUGUCUAUACUAUAGAUGUAUAACCCCCUGGGGGGCACUUCGAAAUGAGGAUGAGAUGCUUUCGGUAGGGUGGUUGGAUUUCGCCAUCCUGGUGGGUACAUAAAUAGGUGGGGGAUCUGACUCCUCCCAUCGAUGACGGGACGUACUUCCUUCGGGAAGAGUUGUACCGUGGCCGGUGAUGGCCCUUAGGAUUCAGCCAAAAGUUCCCGCCAAUGUUGCUGUUGCGGCGGUCCGGUCAUUCAGUUUUAUUUAUCUGUGUGCCUUCGGGUGGGUCGGAGAGUCAGUGAUAUGACUAUACUAUAGAUGUUAAAUCUGUAUGCCAAAUCUUAUAUAUCUACUCUCUUCGUUUUGUAGUUAAUCUGCUAACUUAUAUUCGAGCAGGUGGAUAGGCAGAUUUUCCCGGAACGGAUUUUGCUCAAAAUUUGAUGGAAUAUAAAUUUGAUAUAAAGAUACCAAAUUUCAUCUGUCUAGCUCUAAAGCGUUUUUGAGUUAUCUCUGUCACAGACAGACUUUUCUACAAACGUAUUUUUCGAACUCAAGAUGCUCUAAACCAUGGAGAUUCGUCAGAAGCUGAAGUUCACCUUUUUUUACGACUACCAUUUUUCCUUUAUACUUCGUAUAUGAGAAAAUGUAAAUGAUUUUUAAAAAGGAAUAUGACUCAAUUGAUUUGGCCGGAUUAAAAAUUUUUCCGAAUAAAUUUACAAUAGAGGUAUGCUGAAAAGGAAUUGAAUUUGAUUAGGAAAAUAAAGAAUAUGUCUCAUGGACUCGCUCACUCACUCUCCAUCAUUGAAUGCAUUCCAACAUUUUUUCGUAUCCAAAAAAAUUGUCAUUUAUUGAAAGGGAGAAGAAGAAGUGCUUGACCUGAUGUGACUCGCGUGAUUCCACUCAUCUGGCCACGAGUGCGGGCGAAAGUAACUGUGCAGGUCAUGUAGCAUGUAAUGUAAGCUCAUUGAGUCAGCUGCAUUGUCUUUCUCCUCUUGCAAGAGAGACAACGGAUUUCAGAACUGACUGAAUGCAAUGCGCUUUUUGUGUUAACCCAUUCCUCGUUUAUUCAGUAUUGUUGCAAGUGAAGCUGGACUUGUUCUCGUUAGUGAUAAAGUGGACUGCUUCUCGUUUUUGCAGCUUAUAAUUUAUUUUUUUUAAAAGUAGACUUUUUUAAUUAUUUCUGAUUGAAACCAAAAUUGGGUGCAAUUCUACUGUAUUAUAAAAAAAUAUCGCGCACCAAAUUUCAUUCAUCAAAGUCACUACGCUUUUUAAUGAAUGCUCUCUGUACAUUCGAAUAUGCCAAUAGAUAGUCAAUCCACUGAGGGAUAGGGUUAAAUUGGAAAAACUCAUGGGAUGUCGGCUGUCUGGAAAAACUCAUGGGAUGUCGGCAAACUAGAUAUAGAUGUAGCAUCGUGGUAAAAAAAAAAAAAAAAAAAAAAAAAACGUUGUCUACGUAUUUCAAAUUGCGCAAAAUUUGAAAUUUCCUAAGGCAGAACCCUUUCUUAAUAUCGUGAAUGGAUUUCCCAUGGAAAAAGUACCUAGAUUACGAACUUUGGAUACCAUACCAGGAUUCCAUUGAGCAGCAUUCGAUAUUUUUUUGUUAAGGGAUCGUUGCCGUAGUAUGUAAAGGUGUGAGACUAGAUAUUAUUUGGACGUCGGUGGUAGUACCUUUAUUUUUGUUGCCCCUUAAAAGCAUCUAUAAAAUUACAAUCUAUAUGUUGAAAUCGAUUGCUACUUCAUGCAUGUCAAAUGAUGUACAAUAAAAAACUCUAGUAUUGUUUAAAUUGCGUCUCAUCCUGCCAUUACGUCGAAAGCAUCCAAAAAGAACGAUUUGCUGCAAGAGUGAAAGAAAUAAAACUGACUAUAUAUUUUUAUUGUUUAAAAAAAUAUUCAUUUUAAUAACAAUGAAAUUGAUAUCUUACCGCUAGGAGAAGAGAAAAAAAAAUGAAUUAAAUGUUAUUCUUUUCGCAUGGUAUGCAUGCAUUUCGUUAUCGGAGCAAACUGCUCUUAUCAUCAUUGCUUACUAUUCAUAAAUUGAUAUGUCGCUUUAUAAUAGAAGCACAUGAAACAAGUAGUAUAUUUUAUUCACUGGUAGAUGUUAAUCAGUUUGUUUUCCAUGUUUUGCCGACAACUUGGCGCUCUAUUCAAACACUUUUGUGGAAGAAUUCGUAAUAUUGAGAAACGUAUAUAGGAUAUAUGCUUGUUAUAAACGUGGAGCGCAAAUCGCAGUACAUCGUUCUAAAUGUUCAUUUAUUCUACAAAUCUUUCAUUUCCACUACUGUGGAACUUUUCUAAGCUAUUAUUCAUCUCAUCAUUUGCUGCUUCUCAUAUAAAUAGAAAUUUGAAAGCAGGCACAAUGAUAGGAAUAAUUAUUACAUUUAUAUAAUUAUAAGUGUCAUUGUUCCCAAGAAUUACUUUAAAUCGUAAUUUUAAUGGAAUAAAAUUAAUUCAUAACUGCAUUUUUGCAUUCGCUCUUAAAAUUUUAAAAGCCUUUUCAGAAGGCUCUAAAAACGGCGCUUUAAAACACUUGAAAAGAAAGAUGCGACGAUGCAAGAUUGUUCAUGCCAUUGAAAUAAAAUUUAAAAAAUGCCCACAAAUACUUUAUUUAAGCAACACACAAUAUUUUGUAUUUGUUAUAAGUAUCAAAACUUUGCAAAAAGUAUUAAGGUAAGAGACAACAUUCAAAAGUCGAUUUUUUGCGAAAUUAUAAAAUUGUUUUUCAUUUACUUUUCUUAAGUUCGAACAGUUUUUUUUCUUAUAUAUAAAACCACAGUUUUGCCUCUUAGUCUAUUUUUUGGAAAGUUAUAUUGAUUUUUAUAUAAGCAUUUACGUACGCUUUAAUAUUAUUUUGCAUUCUUAGAUGCUGUUUUCUUUGAUAGAAUUUUCUGACGAAAAACCUCAUAAAUGAAAUUCUAACGCGUAUUUUCAGUUCAAAUUUGAUAUAAUAAUUCCUCAAUAUGUUCUGCAGCUCCUGAACCAGAGAAUAAGUAAUCUAUUCAUUCAUUUGUUGACUGCUUGGAAGAAAUCAGACUGUUUCUGCAAAAUGUGGGAGAAAUCGAACAAUAUACACAGCUCUUGGGUGUUAUGUGGCUCUCAAAAUGGAUGUUUUUUACAGAAAUAUGCCAACAUUUCAAUGAAUGGAACUUAAAGCUUCAAGACAUAAAUAAAACAAUGAUAUAUGUAUAUAUAUAACGGAAACGUUCAAGUUUAUUAUGUGCCCUGAUGUGAUUUCAUUUGAUAAACUGAAUGUGUCCUAAUUCUAUUAGUUGCAAAUUGAAGAAUUUGAAAUGCAACUGAUUGAUUUCCAGUCCAGUUCAAUAUGGAUUCAAAAACUUAUAGAAACAAGGAAUAAGUUGGAAUGGAUUGAAACAGAAAGAUUAACAAGCAAUAUACGUAAAAAUGCCAGUGACAAAAUUUUGGAAACAUGGAAUUCGAUUCCAGGCACACUUAACUGUUUGGAGAAGUUGGCUCAUGCUAUUUUAAUCUACCUUAAUUUUCAUCUACCUAUGUUUGUGAGUCAUUAUUUUAAGAGAUAAAUAACAAUAAAGACUCUCUUAGAGACCGUUUGUCAGAUGACUCCAAUUCAGCCUGCGUUCUGCCAAAAGUAACAUCUUGCAACCCUAAUAUAAGUUCUUUUGUUGCAAAUUAGAUGUCAAAUAAGUCACACUAAUGCCCCCUUAAUUUGAAUUACACGUAUAACUAAAACUUUUACUAGUAUACAGUGCAAAAUGUAUUUUUUCGCAGUAAAUAAAGAGUUUUGAGUUAUUAGUA